AAGCAUAGACAUAUAAAAAGCUUUCUUUUUUGGUUUCUUUUUACUGUUUAAAAUUUACUGCAUGUCGCCUGCAAGAAGGGUUUGGCGAAUGAAUUCAACAUGAUACCACUUUCAUCGGAUGGGAAGGGAAUGUUUUUGGCGUUUUUAGGGAGCGAAAGUCUUCAACACAUUUGCCUCCUGCAGGCUUUACAAGCUGUUUGCACUUCGGAUGAUACUCGCCCACUUGUGGGCGAUGUUUCUGGGGAGGGGCACCUGCCAUUGAGCGUGCUGAGAGGUUCUAGACGUCUCGACAUUGCCAAUGGAAUGCUAAUCUAAACAUUAGCAAUAUACUAUAAUGAACAUAUUACAAUAAUCUGUUGAAUCCUCCGUAGUCACAUUUUUUAGUUUCUGUAAUUGGAUAAUUGCUGACGAGAUUGCCU